AUGGUUCGUGAAGCUGAUAUAUUAUCAAAUGAAACAUGUUCAAUUGAAUAUAUUGCAUCGAAAAUUGUUGAUGCUGAUGGUAUACAAUUUGAAGAUUUACCAACAAAAAAUAUUGAAAUAUUUCAACAUCGAACAAAUAUAACAGAUGAUGAAUCAGGAUUUUCUGAAACAACAACUACAUCAGCAUGUGCAUCACCUAUUCAAACAAUAACAAAUGAUGAUUAUGAAAUAGCAUCAAAAUUAUCUGAUGAAAGUAAAAAAGAAUUUUGUUCGGAUAUGUGCUUAGUAUUUCAUGCUGAAUUUCAAUUAACAUUUGGACGUUAUUUUACAUCUGAUCAAUGGAUAUUAGUACCAUUAGGUGCUGAUGGUACGUGUAAAUUAUCACCAGAUGCAUUAUGUGAUGUUGAAAUAGCAAAAGUACGUUUUGAAUGUGAUGAAUGUGAACAUUGUUGGACAUCAAUGCGUGGCCAAAUAUCAUUUUUUUAUGAUUGUCAAUCACAUAUACUUUAUUUUAAAUUAUUUACACAAAAUUGUGAUCAAUGUGGAAAAUUUUCAACACCAUUGUGGUAUCCAGAAGAAGUUUGUCGUGUAAUUAAAAAUGUUUUUGUUAUUGUUCAACAACAUAUGUAUCCUGAUCUAAAAACACCAAUACAAUCAAAUUAUUAUCGUCGUGUUGGAAAUCCAAAAGGACAACAUCAUGGAUGUCAAUCAUGUCGAGAUGGUGUUUGUGUAGCAUUGGCUGCACAACAACUUGGAUGUAAACUUGUUAAGUAG